CCAAAACAUUGCUUAAAGUCACACUGAUGUCUUUAAUAAUUCCAUAACCAUGUGGCCUAAUUAUAACUUUCACUUCCAUUAGCAUGUUAGUAAACAAAAAAAAAACAAUAGAAUAAUAGAACGACGGCGUUUGGUAACUGCCACUGCUUUGCAAACACAUCUCUCUUCCUUUAUAUAUCUUCCUUUCUCUCCUUCCCUUUCCUCCCAAUAUCAGGUCAUGGCCGAUACUGAACAACCUCCGACGAAUUUAAACCGAAGCUCCACCGCUCUCGUUCGUAGGAAGAAGAGCUUAUCUGCUUCAUCCCCUUCCUCGUCUCGUGGAAACGCAGCUUCCGUAUCAACCGGAGACGGCGAGAGCCACGCGCGAUGGAGAUCGGAGAAGCAACAUCGGAACUACUCCGCCAAGCUGAUCCAGGCGCUGAAACAGGUCCGCCGCGGCAGCUCUUCCACCUUCUCCGCCGCGGCGACAUCACCUCCUCCAAUGGCGGCUCAGAAGCGGGGAAAAGCCGUCCGCGAAGCCGCCGAUCGCGCCCUCGCCGUCUCCGCCCGCGGAAGAACGCUCUGGAGCAGAGCGAUCCUGGCCAAUCGGAUCAAACUGAAGUUCCGGAAACACAAACGGCCGAGGCGGACGGUUAUACCGGCCGUGACCACGGUGGUCGCGGUGACGGGAGCUAGCAGCGGCGGAGGGAGGAAACGGAGAGUGUCGGUGGUGAGACUGAAUAAGAAGAGUCUACCGACGGUUAACCGGAAAAUAAGUGUUCUCGGCCGGUUAGUUCCGGGUUGCAAAAAAGAAUCUGUACCGGUGAUUCUAGAAGAAGCAACCGAUUACAUCCAAGCACUGGAGAUGCAAGUCAGAGCCAUGAAGUCUCUAGUGGAGCUUCUCUCCGGCUCUGCUCCUCCGCCUAUUUGAUGAGGAAGAACACUAAAGUAUGACAAAGCGACAAGAAGAAGGAAAUAAAGCAAAAUAAAUAAAAAGUGUAGAAAGUGACUUGAAAAGUAUGAAGCACAUGGUAGUGGCCCUUGUCCUCUUCCUUGCUUUUUUAGCUUCAUCUUAUUAUGUUGGGAAA